ACAAACGGGCGCCAUGGGCAGGCCGAAAGAAAAAUCGGAGGCGGAUUUAAAACGUGCUAAGGCAGAAAGGGCGAGAAUGCAGAGGUGUCGCCAGGUCAAUAUUCGAGAAAAUAUAUCUCAGUGGAAUGAAAUCAAGCUAGAAUAUGGUUUCCAACACGACGGGGAAGUCGCAAAAUUCUUAAUUGAUAGUUACAAAGAAAGCGAAAAGCCAAGAAAAAAAAGAAGAAUUACGUCAACCCCACUUACAGGACAUAUUGACCUGCCUGGACUGUCUGGUACUAGCAUCUCAUCUGUGACUUCAGACAGAGACCCUAACGGUAGGAAGGUUGGUGUGGUAGUCAAGACUGAGAUUAAAGAAAGCAGACAACCGCCAGAAAAGAAAACAUUUGCGAGCUUUGAAGAAAUCGGCUCAGAAAAAGAAGCUGGGGAGGAAUAUGAUUCUGCUGAUGAGACAUACGUUCCUAGUACCUGGGAAAUGUCUAUUUGGCACACGGAAAACAAGGAAUUGCCCACAGAGGAACCAGACGAGGUGGAGGUGGAGGAAGACUUGAAUCUAGAGGUACAUGAUAUUGAAAUACCCAAGUUAGAGGAGGAUAUUUCUGAUGAGACACCGCACAUACAAAAACUUAAACAGCUUAGCCAAGAAGAUAUCGAUGGCCGGAUGUUUCUUGUAUCUGAAAGCUGCCUUCUACCGCUCUUGUCCACUCUGCACCUAAACUGUAACAAGUGCAAAGGAACCACAGUUGUGAAAUUAAAGAAAAAUGGUUCUGGUGUAUUUUGUGACUGGGUCUGUUCAAAUAACCACAUUGUCAACUCAUGGUCCAGCCAGCCAUUAUUACGAAAUAGUGUAAUGUUAGGGGAUACAAAGUUGUCAACGGCCAUAACACUCUCAGGAAACAAUUACACAAAAAUAGCUCUGCUCUUUCGUUUUAUGAACAUUGGAGUGCCAACCAAGUCAACAUUUAACAAAAUCCAAACAAACUGUACAGUUCCUACAGUUGAUGAUUUUUGGACAAAAAUCAAAGCUGCUGCACGGGAGGAUGUUCGAGGUCAGGAUGUUGUGGUCUCUGGAAAUGGUCAAAUGGACAGUCCUGGAUACUGUGCCAAAUAUUGCACUUAUACUGUGAUGGAUCAAAAAUCAAAGAAGAUAGUUGCCAUGGAAAUUGUAGACAAAAGGGAAUGUCAACUAAAGGCUGGACUGAUGGAAGCCACUGGAUUCAAAAGAGCAUUGACAGAUCUUCAAAAUACUGUAAAUGUCACAGAGGUCGUUACAGAUGCACACCCACAGAUCUCUUCCAUAAUGAGAAAACAAUUCCCAAGCAUAAUACAUAGCUGGGAUAUGUGGCAUGGUGCAAAAACCUUUAGCAGGAAGUUAUGUGCUGCCUCACAAGAAAAGGGAAAUGAUGCCAUCAAACCUUGGAUUGGUCCGAUCAUCAACCAUUUCUUCUAUUCUGCAGAAACCUGUUGUGGGGAUGACAUGUUGUUGAAAACGCGACUCGUAUCAGUGCUAAACCAUGUAUCGAACCGGCAUGAAUGGGGACACGGAGGUUGUAACCAUGGACCACUUACCGACGGAGAAAAACAGAAGGAGUGGAUAAAUCCUACAGGCAUAGAGAUGGAAACACUGGAAAAGAUCAUCACAGCACCCAGAUUUCUAAAUACAAUGAAAUACUAUGUCACUUGUCAAACAACAUCAGAGUUAGAGUCCUUCAACAAUCACAUUCUGAUGUAUGUCUCGAAGCGCCAUGCAUAUUCAUACGAUGUUUACAAGUGUCGAUGCCAGAUAGCAGCUAUAGACUACAUGAAACAUCUUGACAGACCAUAUAGAAAGAACAAGAAGGGCAGUCCUUGCUCUGCUCGCAAGUACUCCAAAAGUGCCAACUGCUGGAGUGUACAACCGUUGAAGGUUGCCAAGGAUUAUACACACAUUCCUGGACUGAUGAAGAAUAUCAUCAAUUUGUUUUGCAUGGGAGAAGCUCCAAUGCUACACCCAGCAGCAGUCAAAGACUCUCAUCCAUCUUAAAUUGCAAGACCAAACACUCCAAAGAACAUUCUCCCAAUAAAGGAAUUUUUUGAGCUGUCUGAGACUCUCUUCCAUCUUGAUUUAUAAGAAGAAUCGCUCCAAUAGAACAACCCUCCAAUAAAGGGAAUUGUUGAGCUGUCCAAGGCUCUCAUCCAUCGUGAAAUACAAGAAGUAUUGUUCAAAUAGAACCAACCUCAACAAAUGAACUUGUUGAAACUUGGGCAUCAAGGCUUCAAGGAAAACUGCCCAAACCAUCAACCAGCCCAGAACCUGGACCAUGUAAUGAGUAACACAUGUGCCACACAGAUUCACACAUCAUAAUUAUUAUACCCCCACAAACAAAUUUUGAGGGGGUAUAUAGGAGUGAGCUUGUCGGUCGGUCGGUCGGUCGGUCUGUCGGUUUUCAUGGUUUCCGGACGAUAACUCAUGAAAGGCUAGACAGAUUUGAAAAAAAUUUGGUACACAGGUGUAACAUCAGAAGAUACAGAUCAAGUUCGAUAUUGGGGCUGGUGGGGCCAAGGUCAAGGUCACUGUUACUAAAAAUAGAAAAACGGUUUCCGGACGAUAACUCAUGAAAGGCUUGACAGAUUUGAACAUUUUUUGGUACACAGGUGUAACACCAGAAGAUACAGGUCAAGUUCGAUAUUGGGGCUGGUGGGGCCAAGGUCAAGGUCACUGUUACUAAAAAUAGAAAAACGGUUUCCGGACGAUAACUCAUGAAAGGCUAGACAGAUUUGAACAAUUUUUGGUACACUGGUGUAACAUCAGAAGAUACAGGUCAAGUUCGAUAUUGGGGCUGGUGGGGCAAAGGUCAAGGUCAUUGUUACUAAAAGUAGAAAAACGGUUUCCGGACGAUAACUCAUGAAAGGCUUGACAGAUUUGAACAAUUUUUGGUACACAGGUGUAAUAUCAGAAGAUACAGGUCAAGUUCGAUAUUGGGGCUGGUGGGGCCAAGGUCAAGGUCACUGUUACUAAAAAUAGAAAAACGGUUUCCGGACGAUAACUCAUGAAAGGCUAGACAGAUUUGAACAAUUUUUGGUACACAGGUGUAACAUCAGAAGAUACAGGUCAAGUUCGAUAUUGGGGCUGGUGGGGCCAAGGUCAAGGUCACUGUUAACUAAAAUAGAAAAACGGUUUCUGGAGGAUAACUCAUGAAAGGCUUGACAGAUUUGAACAAUUUUUGGUACACAGGUGUAACAUCAGAAGAUACAGUUUGGUACACAGGUGUAACAUCAGAAGAUAUAGAUCAAGUUCGAUAUUGGGGCUGGUGGGGCCAAGGUCAAGGUCACUGUUACUAAAAGUAGAAAAACGGUUUCCGGAUGAUAACUCAUGAAAGGCUUGACAGAUUUGAACAAUUUUUGGUACACAAGUGUAACAUCAGAAGAUACAGGUCAACUUCGAUAUUGGGGCUGGUAGGGCCAAGGUCAAGGUCACUGUUACUAAAUAUAGAAAAACAGUUUCCGGACGAUAACUCAUGAAAGGCUUGACAGAUUUGAACAAUUUUUGGUACACAGGUGUAACAUCAGAAGAUACAGGUCAAGUUCGAUAUUGGGGCUGGUGGGGCCAAGGUCGAGGUCACUGUUACUAAAAAUAGAAAAACGGUUUCCGACGAUAACUCAUGAAAGGCUAGACAGAUUUGAACAAUUUUUGGUACACUGGUGAAACAUCAGAAGAUACAGGUCAAGUUCGAUAUUGGGGCUGGUGGGGCCAAGGUCAAGGUCACUUUUACUAAAAAUAGAAAAACGGUUUCCUGACGAUAACUCAUGAAAGGCUAGUUUUUCUUGUCAGCAGUGUAACUUCUAAAUUACUCAACAGAUUUAAAUAAAACAAUACAUGCAUGAUAAAAGAAGAUGCAGUGUGCAGUAACCUUGGAGUUAUGGCCUCUUUUCAAAGGAAUGGUUUGCCAUUCCUGUGUCCAGGCGGCAUUUGGGGGGUAUUUGUCACUCCUGUGACAGCUCUAGUUUCCUUUAAUAUGAUAAGAAAAAAUUGCAGGCAAAGAUUUGCAGCAUGUUAUGUGUAUGAUUUCAUGUUCAAAACUGUGGAAACGGAAGCACAUACCAAUAACUAUAUUAAGAUAAAACUGAACUGAAGAGGAUGAUUGUCUGACUUAUCAAGUAAGGUAAACUUGAUGAGGAGAUUGUAAAGAGGCAUUACAUGAUCCCUGGUGAUUGUGGGGAAUAAGGCACCUUCUAAGUGACCUAUAAACGAAAUAUGAUUUUCAAUCAUUAACUAGUUUAUUUUAAACUUAUUGAAUUUAUAACGAUUGUGAAACAAGUCAUUACAACAUAAUUAGUCACUCUUGUUGGCACGAUGUUACAUGACAGUGAUGAAUUGUUAUUUGUAGUAUCAGAGGAAACCCUCUCAUCCAGCUUGGUAGUCACAAUCCAAACUCACAUGAGCCCAGGCCCCGAGGUGAGAAGCGAGGGUACUAACCACUGGGCUUACCGAACAACCAAUCAAUAACUAAAAAGCUAGCAGACUUACAUGUAUUUACCAAAACUGUUGUGGUAAUAAUAGAUGGUCAGAGAGUGGAGUCUAUUGAGGUUUUUGUCAUUUUGUGAAUGUCACACAGUAUGAUCUUCAAAUGAGAAGAUUCUGUACAGUAAUUUAAGAAGAUAGAACUAAGUGUUACUUUACUUAUGUGGAAAGUAGUUAAAGGCCUAGUUUAAUCCUUCUAUAAGUGACCCCCACCCACAAACCGUGUAUUGUACACAAUCACUGUGUAUUGAUCUUAAUCAAAUUGCCUAAUUGUCUUAUAAGAUCUCUGAUCUGAAUAUCCUGCUGUGCAGUUUUGGAAGUUUUAUUAUAGAAAUGGACACUAAAUGGCCCUAAGCCAAUAAACAAAUAUACAGGAAAUUGGCCCCUACUGUGACAUCAGUGGAAUUAGCAGGAGAUGCACAGCAGGGGAUUGUCAUUCCAAACAUUCCAUAAACUAGGCCUUUAAGAUCACAAGAUGACCCUUUUCCAUUUACAGGUCUGUGCCACCCUAACAUACUAUAUGUUUUUUUUAGUGAAAAGAACUUAGGAUUAAGGUUCAUGAAACUAAUUACAGAAGGUUUUAAAGUAUUAAAAUGCAUGAUGAGCCAUAAGCCAUGAUAUGUAAAGACAAAGUAUUAUUGUUCAGGUGUGUGUUAAUUGAAGAUAUAUUUAAUGCAUAUGUAUGUAUGGCUUUCAUUUUUGGACGUUUGAAUGCAUUAUCUAAUGAGGUAUUAAAUGUUAUUACAUGCAAGUCUUGUUUUAUCUGUGAAUAAAUGCUGGAUAUAGUCCACAAAAUCUCAAAAGCUUGACGCACAGGUCGUAUAUGUAGAUUCUAUAUUGCAUUGUUAAGUUUUUCGUGUAUAAUUUACAGUGUGUGUAUUACUACAAAUAAUUUUGUUUAUGGCAAAAUGUUUUUUUUUUUCUUUCUCAAAUACCUUAAUGUUUGUAUCUUUCAGAUAGAACAAAUAUAGAACAAUGUUCAUUUAUUCCAUUGAAGAUAAUAU